GUCUCUCGCGCGAGGAAGAGCUGCUAGCUAGCAGCCACGGAAGAUGUACAACCAAAUGGAUCAAGAUGCGUGCUAAAUCAUCGUUCACUUACUUUUUAACAUCUCCCUCGUUAGUGCACACUCAUGCGAGGCGUUCACAAUAACACGUGCAGACGUUCAGCCGAGCAUCUUUCAGCUGUAACGAUCCUAAAAGAGGAUAAAAGGUGUGGCCUGUACCAAGGAAAGAUGAGUACUGCAACCUGUGUUUGAAUCCUCUCAUGAGGCAGGUGUGCAACAAAACGCACCUGUUUCAAGCAUGGGAAAACUACAAAGCAAGUUGCAUCGGCGCUCUGAUGUAUACAGGGCCAAGGAAGGGGCGGAGCCUGCACCUGUGCCCCAGGUAGUGCAGUAUGAGCCUGCCCACACAGAUGCUGUCAAUUGUGUCAUCAGCCUGACCUCUGACCUCUGUGUGUCAGGAGGGACAGACAAGGCUGUCGUUGUGUAUGACUGGAGAGGUGGAAAGCCGUGUAAAGCUUUCCAUGGCCACAGCAGAGAAAUUACUAAGUUAUGUUGUUUUAAAGGUAAAAUCCUCAGCUCAUCUCGUGAUAAAACGGUUCUGAUGUGGGAUUUGGGUCAAGAUCAAGAACCAAUUCAGGAAUUCUGUGGCCAUGAGCUGGUAGUGAAUGGAGUAGCAGUCAGCCCAGAUGGUUCACAGUUAUGCACAGGAUCUCGGGAUAACUCCAUGUGUCUCUGGGACAUCGAGUCAGGAAAAUGUCUGCAGAGAAACACCAUCUCGCGUAACCUGGUGACCCAUUUAUGCUGGGUGCCAGACAGCACAUCUAUUGUUCAAACCUCAGAAGACAAAACUAUCAGGAUAUGGGACAGUCGUACCUGGCAGGUCACAAACACAUUUCCAGCGAAGCAGUACAUCCAGACACACUGUGACAUAAGUCCCAACUGUUUCCACCUGCUGUCCGCCAGCAACGGUUUCAGUGGUCAGGGUUGUGAAUCUACUCUUUGGGAUCUCAGGCAGCCGGGUUGUAAGGUGACUGAAUACAGGGGACACCUGCAGACCACAGCGUGCUGUGUGUUUUUACCACCUCGCUCCGGAUGUCCUCCCCUCGUUGCGUCAUCGUCAUAUGACAGCUCAGUAAAAAUAUGGGAUCAAAACACUGCAGCCUGUUUGGCCACAUUAAUGUUAGACGGUUCGGGUCCCUUGGUGUCUCUGGCUCCGUGUGACUCCAGUACUCUUCUGUGUGCCAGCUUUAACACAGGACUACACCAACUGUAUCUGGAUCAGGGAACAGCACCCAGCAUUAUUGAAGUCGCUCGCUUUUAAUUUGCAAGGGUGGUGUAAAUAUGAAUGUACAAACACUGAAUCCUGAAGGAUAGAGAAAAUAUUUGUCAAACUGCUUUAGUAAUUCAGCAGGAUUAAGAGACCAAACUCUCUGCAUUCAACUUUCAGGAAAGUUUCUUUCAUUUUCAUAAACACGGAUGGCUUCAGGUCAAAGAUUAUUAGUGAGAUUAAGGGGUGGUUUUCCGGACAGGGAUUAGUUUAAUUAGGAAAUAUAACUUUUUUUUAACAAACAUGCCUUACUGAAAACAUUACUGGUGAGGCAAAACAAAGGGCCCUGAUGUAUUUAAAGAUAUGUGGAAGUUGUUUUCAGUUUAAACAGCUCUUACAUUUAUUUUAGUCUAGGACUCCCUGUCUGGGAAACCGCCCCUAUAAGUUUGGGUGCAGUGUUUUGAGAUAUGGAUGACUUUUAAUAUUGUUUAUACUUCGGUGUGUGUACAAAUUUCUGACUUAAGUUGUUAAAUCUCUCUUGUGUAAUUCAUCCUGAAUGUUUUCAGCUACAGACGAUGAUACAGUAGCUCAAAUUGUGUGACUUAAAGGAUACAUAUUAUGCCCAUUUUUACAAGAUGUAAUAUGAGUCUCAGGUGUGCCCAGAAUGUGUCUGUGGCGUUUCAGCUCAAAAUACCCCACAGAUUAUUUAUUAUUUAUAGCAUGUCCAAAAUGGCCCUAUUCAGGUGAGAGCGCUAUUUUGUGUCUGUACCUUUAAAUGCAAAUGAGCUGCUGCUCCUCACUCUCUUGCCAAAAGUAACAUUGAGUGCUUUUAGUUAAAAAUUAGUUGAUUCCUGUGAAUACAGUCUGAGACAAUAGUAUCUCACUAUUGAGACAUGGCAGACAGCGUACUGUGGCUGUGGGCGGGGCUUCAUCAGUGUGACCUCAUAUUAACAAGAAAAUCAAAACUAAUGAGACAGCUUUGGUUUAAAAAAAGGGGAGGUGGAUUUCAUUGUAGGGUUGUUGUGUUCACACACUGCCAACAAAUUUAUGUCCAAAUAGAUUUUACACAAUAGGUGAACUUUAAAGUGAUCAGACAUUCCCUUUUAACCUUAUUGAUGAUAAAGUAUGCAAAAUUAUCCAUAGGCUAGUAUUAACGCACAGAUUCAAGCCAUAUCUGGGGAUCAGAAUAUCAUGAAUGCUCAGGGAGGGCUUUUCAUUUACUUGGGUCAAUAAGAAAUAGCAACCACCAGAUAACCCUAGUUACCUCAUAGCAACAUGCUACAUAACCACUUAAAACACACAAAGCAACAUGUUAUGAAACAAACCAGCACCGUUUAUUUGCUCUUUAUCUAGUUUAAAUGUCAGGACAUAAAUAGACACUGCCAAACAUAAAAAUGAAAAUUCUGUCAUCAUUUACUCACACUUGAAUUGUUUCAAACCUUAGUUCUGCUAAAACACAAAGGAAGAUAUUUUGAAUUUUUUUAUCAAAAAGUUUUGGAGCACCGUUGACUUACAUAGCAUUUAUUUUUCUACAAUGGAAGUCACUGGUGUUCCUGCUUGCUUGAUUACAAAUAUCUACCUUUGUGUUCACCAAAACACAGUAUUUCACUCUCUGUCUAUCUGUCUCCAUAAACAGAGUCAUCCAGAUAACCUAGAGCAUUUAUCAGAUUAGCAUUUACACUUUACAGUACAUUUAACUUUAAAGUUUACACACUGAAAAUCUUAAGGAAUGGCUAUAAAAAACAGAUCUCAAUAUUUAUUUGUAUAUAAAUCCUAAAGAAAACUAGUGAUGCAGUUUGUUUUUUAUAUGUUAGAACUGUUAUACU